AUGCUCUCGACGAAGAAGCUGUUUACCGAGCACUUGCUGACGCUGGUGCUCACCCUCAGCCUGCUGCGAAUCGAUCCGGAAAACUAUCUCGACCUGCAAUGGGGCGAACGGUUGGUGCGGGUAGGAGAUGCGGGCGGGUGGCAGUUGGAGCUGUUGGCCGCCGGUCCGGACUAUUCCAACCAGUCGUACGUGAAUCGUAAGUUUUUGCCGCCCAUCAUCGAGGAUCUGUCACGGUUCGAACAACCCUUCAUCGAGCAGAACCAUCGCGGACUGCAGACGUACCUGCUAAACGUGCUCGACUCCAACGAUGACAGCACAUCGGCCGGUACGAUCGCGGAGGAACGACCACCAUCGCCGGUGCCUUCGGUUGCGUCCGGUGGGGGUGGUACGGUACUGCCCGCUGCCCACAAUGCCACGAUGAACGCGCUGGCCAACUUCGACGUGGAUGCGGAAGAUAUCUUCCUGAGUACGAAUCUGUUCGAGGAAACGACCUCGGUGUUUGAGCAGAAUAUGGCCGAUCUGAGCGAGUACGAUACGAUAUUGUUGGAGAAUCCGAUGGUAAAGUUUGACGCUGCUGCUAGCAUGCCCGAUCUGGAGGGUACCAUAAUGAGGGCAAGAUCGUUAAUGAACUCUGCCAACGAGCAGCAGGCGACCAAACGGUUGGAAGUGAAGGUAGAGGCGGAAGAAGAGGCCAAGGCUACGACCAGCACUUCAACGCACGGAGAUGCUAAAGGAAUGGAGGCCACCAGGUCCAACAAGACCCGUGCGUACGACGAAGAAGACGAUGAUGAUGAUGAUCUGGAGGAUGGGCAGGAUAAUAAGGCAGCUGUUCAGCGGCAGAUUAAGGAUCAAGUAAACACGCAGCAAAAGCAUCUAGUAAGCACGGAUCUGGACACUGCUGAGGUGACGGUGAAAAAGGAGUCCGAUCUAGCCAACGAUACGACGGUUGCACCGCCUGCUGCAACGCAGGAUCUUACACAGGAGGAAAUGGAUCUAAUCGAAGUCCUCUGGAAGCAGGAUGUCGAUCUUGGGUUUACGCUCAGCAAUGCGGCUCUUUCAUCCGCCCCGGAAGGAACCAGCUCAUCGGCAACGGAGGGCGCAUCUGCCACCAACAUCAAAUGCGAUACUGAGGACGAUUUGGAAAAGCUGAAGGUGUUGCUUGAGAUAAAAUAUGAUAAGAAUGCCGAUUAUGAAAAGCAUCCCGAAGCUUCGGAUGAAAGCAGCCUGGUGGAUCCUUGGGCAGGACUAUCGUACACAAUCGACACGGAAACAGGCGAGUACGUUUUGAACAGUUCGGACAUUGAUAACAGUCUGCCACCACCGCUGGCAGACUUGUUUCUGGAGGAAGGCUUAACGCUACCGGACCUCGGCGAAACAGUGGUGGACACAAUCGACGAAGUCAAGUUGGACGACAGCGAAAACGUGAGCGGCGAGAAUCACGACGAGCAGGAGGUGCAGCGCAUCGAGCGGGAACUGCAGCAGGUGUCGGUGGACGAGAUUUGUCUAGGUGGCGCUGCCGGUUCGACGAACGCUGCCGAGCACAGCAAUUGUGACGAUACCGGCGAGAACCUCGGCACGGUCAACGAAACGGUCGCGGACACGGCAACGUCCGACGAAGGUCUUGACGAAGUCGCACCGGUGACCGAUGAUCUAGAGGAUCUGCUUUGCGACAUGAUGAUACAAACGUCGUCCCACUUUCAGCACACGCGCCAGAACACACAAGGCUACGGCCAUGGCGCUAUGAGCAGCUUCCGGCAAACAACGACGGGGGGAUCGGGUUACCAUCACCACCAUCACCACCAUCACCAUCAUCAUCAGUCUCGCGUACCGUUGAGUCGAGCAGUUUCGAUGGAACAGCGCUGGCAGGAUCUGGCGAAUCUGCUCAGUUUUCCACCCGGCAUGGGAGUGGGCAUGGGUGUCGCCGAUAUGCCACCGUCCCAUCCGUCGCAUGCGCACUACCCAUCGCACUACCCAUCGUACCAGCCGAGCGGUGCGAUCGCGGGUCCACAGCAUGGCCAAUAUCACCAUCCGUCGCACGCUGCUGUCCUGCAGAAUGCAUCGCUGGCCGAUAUUUCACCGGUCCAGCCACAUUACGGUGCAAACCUGGGUUCGGCCGUCGCCACCAGCAUGCACCUUACCAACUCGACGUCCGAAACGGAUGCCGGCACGUCCGGGUACAAAAUGGAUCCCGAGAUGAUGUACUAUUCGAACACAUCGUCGGAAAUGAAUCACACCGAUGGCUUUUUGAAUUCCAUUCUGAACGACGACGAUUUGCAGCUGAUGGAUAUCGCCGUCAACGAAGGUAUGUACACCAUGCGAAUGCUGGAGCACAACGGUACCGCCGGCAACAAUGCGUCGGGAAUGCUGGGUGUAUCCGCCGGCGGUGCAUCGAAUCUGGUGAAUCAUGGUGCCCACCCGCACCAUCAUCUGUCGCUUAUGUCGUCCGCUAGCGCUACCGGUGCCGUGGGUGGCGGUAAUCUACAUAAUGCCAUGAACGUUAGUGCACUAGUCAACGGAUCGUCCUCGUCAUCCGCCUCAUCCGGCGCUUCGUCCGGCAUCGCCGGAAGUGGUGGUGCUACCGGUGGUGGAGCCGGUGCACUGACCGGCUCCGGUACACCCGGUGAUCGACUCGACGCGUCCAGUGACAGCGCGGUCAGUUCAAUGGGCUCGGAACGGGUCCCGUCGCUGUCGGAUGGUGAAUGGGGCGACGGUGGCAGUGACAGUGCGCAGGAGUACCACAAUGGCAAGUACGGUGGACCGUACGAUUACAGCUACAACCAAACGAACGGCGGUGGCCCACCGAGCCGGAUGGGAGAACACGGCACACGGCAGGCACCGCCCGUAGCGCAGAAAAAGCAUCACAUGUUUGCGAAGCGUUACUUCCAGGAACAAAACACAACCACGGUACCGUCGAUUCAUCCCUCACCUAAUGGGCCGGGCGUUGCGGCGGGUCCGAAUGUGGCGGCUGCAGGUUCAGCCACGGGACUGGACGGUAGUGCGCCUGGUGCGGGCGGUGGAGGUGGAGCCGCUGGGGGCGUUUUGUUGCCUACGGCUAUCAAGUACGAGUACGACUACAUGAACGUAGUGGGACCGACAGCGGCAACGAUCGGUGGCCCACUGGACGGGGCAGCAAAGCAGGAAGAUCAUCAGUCGCAUCUGCAGUCGCAUCAUCACAAUGGCAGCCACCACGAGUCAUCGGCGGCCGCAGCAGCUGCAGCCGCCCUUACCGACAUGAAGUAUCCGUACGGGCUCGAUUUCCCGCGCAGCCAUCACGCGUCGUCGAUGGGCCGUACGCUGCAGCCCCAGGAUAUGAUCCACCACAACCACACGUACACGCUGCCGUUCGCAACGCCGAACGGUGGGACAGCCCACCAGGGCACGAAACCACAAACGCGCGACAAAACACGAUCACUGCAUAGCCGCAAGGCGGAGGAAGAGCAUCUAACGCGCGACGAGAAGCGUGCGCGUGCGCUGCAGAUACCGAUCCCGGUGCACGACAUCAUCAAUCUGCCGAUGGACGAGUUUAACGAGCGGUUGUCCAAGUAUGAUCUGAGCGAAACGCAACUUUCCCUCAUCCGGGACAUCCGAAGGAGGGGUAAGAACAAGGUGGCGGCCCAGAACUGUCGCAAGCGCAAGCUCGACCAGAUCGUCUCGCUGGCGGAUGAGGUGAAGGACAUGAAGAUGCGCAAGGAGCGGUUGAUGCGCGACCGGGAGAUGGUACUUUCCGAGCACAAGAAGAUCCGGGACAAAUUUUCCAUGCUGUAUCGGCACGUGUUCCAGAACCUCCGCGAUGCUGACGGUAAUCCUUACUCGCAGGAACAUUACAGCCUGCAGCAGAGUGCCGACGGUGCCGUGGUGCUUGUGCCGCGCAAUUCCGAACGCCCGAAUGGUGGCCCAAAUCACCUAAACUCGGGCACGAACGGUACCGCGAACGGUGGUUUACAUCCAUCGCUGCACCACUCGCUAACGUCGUCGGGCGGUCACGGGGCGCAUCAUCACGGCCAUCACCAUCAUCACCAUCCAAAUCUGCAUCAACAUCUGCAACAUCACGGGCUGCUCGGAGGUUCGACUUCGAUGGUCGGUGGUGGUGGUACGAUGAGUGGCAGUAUGUCCGCCAGCAGCACCAACGGCAAUAACAGCAGUAGUAGUGGUGGUAGUGGAACUGGUAGCGUACCGGCAGGAAGUAGUAUGAAUGGUACAGCGGCAUCGACAACUGCCGCCGUUGUGCAUCAACGCACGAAGGAGUAG